AGUGUAACAUUGUUAUUAUGAGUGAAGAAGCAACAAAGAAACGUAAGAUUCGGGGUGGACACAGAACUUCAACUAAGAGGACGAUAAAUGCUUCAUCAACAAUUCUUGACGAUUUUGAUCCUUCAACUAAACAAGUUACCGAGAAGUUAUUGCAACAAAGGAUUAAAUUAAAGGAAAAACUAGACAAUAUGCAAAAUUUAGACAAUAAUAUACUAGCUAUUACUGAGGAGAAAUAUAUUGAAAAAGAGAUUGAAGAAAGUGAUCUUUUAAGAGAGUCAAUACAUGCCACAAUUAUCAGAAUUGAUUCCGUAGUUAGCCCUAUGAGCGUAGCUCCAUCACCAAGUCCAGAAAGAACUCAAGAGUUAAGGAAUUAUCAUAAUUCUAAUACUAUAAGUCAUUCGUCAGCCAAGAUAAAACUACCAAAAUUGAGUUUAAUAAAGAAGUUUAAGGGAGAUAUUAAUGAGUGGACUCCGUUUUGGGAAAGUUAAACUCAGCUAUUCAUGAUCAUGACAAUCCUGACCUAAGAGAUAUUGAUAAAUUUAACUAUUUUAACUCCCUACUUGAAUCAAAGGCAGCAGAAGCAAUUGCUGGGUUAAAGAUUACUUCAGCAAACUUUCAGGAAGCAGUUGACGUGUUAAACCAGAGAUUUGGCGACAAGCAACAUAUUAUUAAUUCGCAUAUGGACAGCCUUCUUCAACUACCUGCAGUAACAAGCCUUCAUAAUGUUCAAAGUAUUAGACAGCUUUACAAUGAGGCUGAAUCGCAUAUGAGAGGUCUCAAGACAUUGGGAGUAGAGACUGCGACAUAUGGUAAUCUAUAAUGAUCUCAAUAUUGAUGCAAAGCACGCUGGGGACGAAAGGCUGUAAAAACGCCGGGUUUAGCUUGUUGCCGUUACUCUCAGCCAGUGGUUUCUCCUAUGGCGCUUCUGUACACUUCAUGUAAUUUUUCACGUAAUAAUUCAAUAUGGCGGAAACAUUUGGAGUGGAAGAAGCUGUUGAGUGUAUUUUUAGGGCAGAUGAGUCAGGUGAGGAACAAGAAAGUGAUGCAGACAUCGGAUUCCGGGAACAAAUAAGCAAAUCUGAACCAAACGGAAUUGGAAUAGAAAAAAUUCUUCAAACUACCUAUAUAAACGCGGCUUGUGUACUUAAACACGAGUCUCAACUGUGGCUGGCCGCUAUCCACAGACGGUUCGCUGGGAGAAGAAGUGUGAGACAUCCAUAUUAUGAUAUAUUUUCCAUCAAAGUUUAAAACGAUCCAAAAUUAGGGGAACCUAUGUGCUAUAUUAAAGGAAACAGCAAAGGUGAAGUGGUUUCUUUAACAUACAUCCAGUCCCUCAUCUAUUUGCUAACAUUGUUGUCUGGCAAGCAGCAAGAAGAUGUGGCCUUUUAUUUGAAAAGAACGCUCGGGGGAGAUCGGAAAAAUCACAAAACAAAGGUUUUAGUCUCCCAAGAAAAAGAUUUUGGACUUAUUUAUAGUUACAAGAAAGGGCAGUUGACAAUAUGUUUUAAUUAUGGUGAAUGGAACUCCCUUGAAUUUCCCCAACAUAACUGCAAUUUAAAUAUUUAAAUUUUGUACUUUAGCUAACUGAUAUUUAUAUUUAGCUAGUAGAGUCACUAUAUGGCAUCGUUAAAUGUUUUUUUCUUUGUUGUAAUCAAAUAAUAUCACAAUUAAAACAAAAAAUAUAAAAGCAGGGUUUUACACCCUUACCUACAAUCUCUAGCAUCUAGUGUUAUAUCCCGCACAAACAUAUUAGCAUCAUACUUAUGUUAAUAGAAAUUUCAAUGAAUUAUGACACUAUGGACGGCCGCUAAGAUAGAUGUACCCCUGUGCACAACUGAUACACAGGCAGAAUAUGGACUGGAGCAGUUUAAAAAUUAAAAUAUCUAAAAUGCCAUUCCAAUUCAUAUUUCAUAUUCACAUUGAUAUUGAAAGUAGCUGGCAAAAUUUGCCAGUUGCCAGCUAAUAAUAAUACCCCUGGAUCUACCGGUACAGCUGUGGCAAAACUUUCUAUGACAACAAGUUGUGCUAACCAACUUUUUACCAUGGGUAGCUUCUGCACUGACACCCUCUCUCAUCUGCCAAAGAAGCUAGAUUUGGCAUUAAGAAUCCUCAACCGUGUGGGUCUAGCGAAUUGUUAUUCAGUUGUCGCUUAGUGAAUCACUGCUCAGUACUUUGUUCCCUAUAUUUUUUUGCUCUGGACUACUUCACAGAUUAUACAGGUACAAUUAAAAAAUAAAUGAUCAAUUUAUUUCAAGUACCAAUAAAUAUAUAAUAAAUAUAAUACAUUAAAAAUAAUGCAUUGUAAUAUAUUAAAAUAUUAAAAGAGAUAUAAAAAUAUCUUUGAAUAAAAUAUCUUUAACAUUAUUUGAGUUCUUUACUAUUCCGUGGAAAGGCUGGCAAUUUGGUAAAGGAAUGCUUGAUUAAGGCGUGCAUGUCGAGCACAUUUGACGAAUUUCAAGACAACUUAAAGUAUGCACAACUUCGAUAACUAAUGUCUGUGACGGUGUCAGUUCUCACAAUUCUGACUCAAUAACUGAAGUAAAUAGUGUUUGCAUCAUCAGAAUCAUCGACCAGAAUCAUCGACCUCAUCAGAAUUUCCAGUCAUAUCAAAAUUUCCAGCCAAACCGUCAACCACAACAAAAUCAGAAAGAUUGGUUGAAUUACCUAGAAUUUGUUCAUGGGAUGAUAAGAAAAAGAACUUAGCUAUUCCUGUUAGAAUUACACAGAGACAAAAUUACCACCACUGUAAUUCUAAUAAUACUUCAAAUAUUAACUCAGGGAGACGAAGUAACUUGGUACCUAUUAAAUUAACAUCCACAAGAAAAGUUCCUUCGAGAGAGUCGGGUUUUGCUGUUCCUAAGUUUAUGUUUAUCAACAUAUGUAGUCUGACAAAAACAAAAAAUCGAGUACGAGCUGUAGUUGCACUGGAGGCAGACUUGGUCAAUAACGAUAUAGAUAUAUGUGUGGUGAGCGAGAGUCACCUGAAACCUGAAAUGCCAGAUGCUGUGGUGACCAUUCACAAUUAUUCAAUAUUUAGAAGAGAUAGAAGUUGGGAAGGACGCGAUAUGAGAGCAAAAGGAGGGGUAGCAAUAUAUGUUCGGAACAACUUAAAAGUUAUUGAUAUUUAUCGAUCCAGUUUGUACGAACUUAUUGGUGUCACACUUCUGUUACCUACAGGAAACCGCAUGUCCAUAUAUGGCUUUUAUCACCCACCUAGGCACAAUUAUCUGGAGAGCGACUUAUUGGAUUAUUUGAUAAAUAUUUCUGACGACGUUCUGGACAAAUAUCCAGACACUGUAAUUGUUUGUGGAGGGGAUUUGAACAGUUUGGACAUAAAACACCUUGAGGAACUAUCAGGAUGGGAUGCAAUGGUCGACUUUUCAACAAGGGGUAACGCAUGUUUGGAUAACUGCCUUACAAAUAGAAUAGAUUUGUUCUCAAAAUGUUAUCCUUUCCACAUGUUAACUAAAACAGACCACAUGGGGGUUAUUUUACCAGCAGGAACGAAACUAAAACCUAUGCGCCGAAAGGUUGAAUUUCGGGAUUGUAGAAAGCAUCGAAAGGAAGAUUUCCACAAAGCUUUAGCAGAAGAAGAUUGGGAGGAUGUAUCGCAGUCCACGAAUGUAAAUGACGCUGUGAAUUGUCUUGAACGUAAGAUCAUGGAUCAUAUGAAUAAAUGUAUGCCCAAAAAAACAGUCUCAAUUUCGUCACGUGACCCUUACUGGAUGAGUCCUUUAAUUAAAUCUUUGCUAAAAGCUAAAUCCAGAAUUGCUCGGUCGCAAAAGGAUAGACUCAGUUUAAUUAACAAAAGGAUUUCUGAUGUCAUUUGUCAAAACAGAAGAAAUUUUAGGGCCUUGGUGGGAAGUAGAACUUGGUGGAGAAAGACGAAUGAUAUUUCUCAGCGAAAUGCAUCGUCAUCAAGAGUUACUUUAGAUAAUGCAUCACUUACAAGAUUAAAUCGCUACUUUGGCGAACUCUGCCACGAUGAUAGUUAUGUCGAACCGACGCUCUCAAUUAUUGGUGAUGAAGUAGAUAUUCCUAGCUUUACGGAACAGCAGGUAUGGAAUGCCUUGAAAAGAAUAAAGAGGACAGCAAUAGGUCCCGAUUAUGCAACAGGUCCCUCUUGCAAAGGUUGA